UCAGUCUCUUUGCCAACCAAUUCUUGCCUCCAAUCCCAAUUCUAAAAUCACAUUUUUCUUCUUCUUCUUCUGGGUAUUGUUAGAAGAAACCAAAGCUUGGGUCUUUUCAAGAACCUCUGAAUCUUUUCCUUCCAAGAAGAUAUAGCCAACGAGGGAUGUUUUCGUGCAUUGCAAGUCUAGUUUCGUCGUGCCUGAACUCUGCUCCCGUUAUCAGCGAUGAUGAAUCUUCUUCUUCCACUUCUGCAGACCCUCUUCUGUGGUGUAGAGACCUUGAGAGGCAUUCUUGUGGCGAAGUCUCCUUUGCUGUGGUUCAAGCCAAUGAUAUAAUUGAGGAUCAUAGCCAGGUUGAGAUUGGCACUGGUGCCCUCUUUGUUGGGGUUUAUGAUGGCCAUGGUGGUUCUGAAGCCUCCAGCUUCAUCAAAGAACACCUCUUCCAUCACCUAAUGAGUGAGUCUUUUGAGUUUCUUUGGAUGUUUCUGGUUUCUAAAACUGAGUGGAAUUCAGUUUGCUUUCUUGAUGCUUUUCUUUUGGCUUUUUCUUCCAUCUGCUACUUUUCUUUUGAAUCUUUGAAUUUUUUUUUUUUUUUUUUUUUUACUCUGCAUAUCGCGAAUGUUGGUGACUCUCGUGCCGUAAUUGCUUCCACAGGUAGAUGUAACAAGAUAAAAGCUGAGCAGUUGUCUAUAGAGCACAAUGCUAGUAGGCAAGAUAUUAGAGAAGAACUCAGGGCUUUGCAUCCGCAAGAUCCACACAUUGUAGUUGUCAACCGUGGAUCAUGGCGCGUUAAAGGCAUCAUCCAGGUAUCCAGAUCCAUAGGAGAUGCAUAUUUGAAGAAUCCGCAAUCCUAUAUGGAUUCAUCAUCCCCACCGUUCCCCUUGACUGAAUCUCUUACCCAACCGGUGCUAACAGCAGAACCAUCCCUAUCUUCAAGAGUUUUGCAACCCCGUGACAAAUUCCUUAUAUUUGCAUCUGAUGGACUUUGGGAACACCUGACAAAUCAGCAAGCAGUCGAGAUUGUUCAUAGGAAUCCACGAAAUGGAAUUGCAAGAAAACUUGUUAAGGCUGCUCUAAAGGUGGCAGCUCAUAAAAGGAAUGUGGAAUAUAAGGAGCUUCUGAAGAUUGAGAAAGGGAUCAGACGGCCUUAUCAUGAUGAUAUCACUGUGAUUGUUGUCUUCAUAGAUCAUGAUUUGCUUGAGCAUAUAGUUAAUGAACCAGAGUUUCAUUGGCUACACUGA